AAUACAAAUCCAUGAAUUUCAUCGGAAGAAGAAGAGAGUCCGUAAUUUCAAUCUCACAAAUCAACGUUAUCAAUAUUCAGAUAUAACACUGUUAAGUUUUAACGUUCCAUUUUUCGAAAACUACCCAAAUUCCGACCCACUUCUCAAUCAUGGCGGUUCCAUGGAGUUCUCUCCCUUGCUACACGUUCAGACCCUGCAAAUCCAAACCCAUGUCUCCAAUCUCAUCUACCCAUUUCACCUCAACCCUCAAAAAUCCAUUUUGUUUCAAUUCCAACACUUUGAGCUUCUCUAAAGAUAGGUUAUCUGGAGUUGUUUCUGCUGUAGUAUCUGAAGAAAAAGGAGUAGGCUCGAGUGUGUUCAAACUUACUUAUUUGGAGGGCAAUAGUUGGCUGUGGGAUGUGGAUGGAUUGAAAAUUUUGGUUGAUCCAAUUUUGGUGGGUAACCUGGAUUUCGGUAUUCCCUGGCUUUAUGAUGCUGCCAAGAAGAUUUUGAAGAAUUUCCAGUUGAGUGAUCUGCCUGAGAUUGAUUGCUUGUUGAUUACACAAGACCUAGACGACCACUGCCAUUUGAAGACUUUAAAGCCACUCUCUCAAAAGUUGCCAAAUCUCAAAGUCAUAGCCACUCCAAAUGCCAAGAGCCUGUUGGAUCCCCUUUUCAGUAAUGUCACAUACUUAGAACCUGGCCAGAGCUCUGAAAUUGAAGUGACCAGUGGCUCUCGGGUUAAAAUUCAGGCUACUGCUGGACCAAUUCUUGGUCCUCCAUGGCAGAGGCCUGAGAAUGGGUAUCUUGUCAUUUCUCUACAAGGCGAGCUCACCCUCUACUAUGAGCCCCAUUGUGUCUACAAUAAGAAUUUUAUAGAGAAAGAACAUGCAGACAUUGUCAUUACACCUGUUAUAAAACAGCUUCUGCCAAACUUCACAUUGGUUUCUGGUCAAGAAGAUGCAGUCCAACUUGCAAAGCUACUUCAAGCCAGAUUUAUUGUGCCCAUGAAGAAUGGAGACCUUGACAGCAGAGGGCUUCUUGCUAGCAUAGUUCAAACAGAAGGAACAGUAGAGUCGUUCAAGGAGCUUUUGUCAAGAGAGCUGCCGGGUGCUGCGGUGCUGGAGCCUACUCCUGGGGUACCACUGGAUAUUCCACCGCCUUGACAGCUUCGAAGAUGGAUGAUAUUUUCUCGAGAAACAGAGCCUAGAAAAUUAUCUCGUAAAUAGAAUAUAUGUUAGGUUGGUGAUGGAUUCCUGGUAAUUGGUUGUCCAUUGUCGUAAUGGUGGUAGGCUUCGGAGUUCGGACACUACACUACAUUACAGUCUGCUUUGGGCGUUACAUUCAUUUAUUUUUAUAAGAUGUUAUAUUGGUUUUAUUCUUGGAAUAUAGUUAUAUAUUUUUCUAUUA